UGGGUAAGUGGACGUUUUUGUUACAGGACUUUGUCAGUCCUGUACCCCGCAUCCUAUAGUGGGUACGUCCCCCUAUUUCCAUUUUCUUGUACAGAUUACCAGUGCGAUUCUAGUGGUUUCCGACACCUUCCCUGGCCAGUUUUUGGUUUAAACCAUGAAAUAUUACCUUUAGGUAUUGGAUCCAUCCCCGACGCCGUUCUGUCACAACUAACCAAUCACAAGCACCUGGGCGUCCACACUGAAAUGUUCUCCGAUCGUCUCGUUGAUCUGGUCAAACUAGGUGUGAUUACCAAUUCAAUGAAGAAGAUGCGGCCGGGCAAGAUUGUGACCAGUUUCGUUAUUGGGACCAAGAAAUCUUUCGAAUUCUUGGACAACAAUCCUUUCGUUGGUAAGUCAUGGGUCAUUAUAAAGGCACAGUCGUUAGUAAGCAAGACCAGACUUGACCAGUUCAGUUGGUUUCUCCUCCCAAACCACUGUUGUCCAUGGAUGCAGGUCUUUCUGUCUGUCGUUCCAUUCACGUGCUCUUAGUCCCACUCGGGAAUCUACCUUUCGAAACCCUCAAUUUUCACCUUAUCAUCCUUCGUUUUUUCAGACAUGUGUGACAUCGCAUGGGUUAACUCGCCCGUAAUCAUUGCUCAAAAUCCUCGACCUAUGGCGAUCAAUUCUUGCAUUGAAGUCGAUCUCACGGGACAAGUGGUGUCUGAUUCAAUUGGCGCUCGUAUCUACUCAGGUGUGUUUCAUGUUACCUCACUGUAACUUCGAGGAGACUGAGCAUAGUCUUACAAGACGCUUAUACCACUGUGCCCAAAACGAUUUCUGUUUCCAGGUGUUGGUGGCCAAGUAGAUUUCAUUCGUGGCGCCGCAAUCAGCGCCGACGGCGAGGGAAAGCCCAUCAUUGCACUACCCUCUACAACCGGCAAGGGACAAAGCAAGAUUGUGCCCUACUUGAAGCCCGGUGGUGGUAUCGUCACUACU